CUUUCUCUCUCUAGAGCUUCUCCUUCUUUAUCUCUCUAGAGCUUCUCCUUCUUUCUCUCUCUGCGCAACAAUGGCGUCCUCUCUUGCGACGGCUUCGGCUAUAACCAAAGCUACCAGUUUAUCUUAUUACAAUGACGGCAAUUGCAAGUAUUGCCCUAUCUCCAAGGUUUCUUUCCGUCUCUCUCACAAGCCUAACCUCCGAUUUGUCACCUCUCAGGGUUUACAGUCAAGUCGUAGGUCUACUGUGGUCAAAGCUCAAUUGAAUGAGGUUGCUGUCGAUGGAUCCUCCAAUGCUGCAGCUUCACCUUCAACCAAGUCUGAUGCACCAACACCAAAAGAGUCUAGUGAGCCUUCUCCAUCAGUUUUGGCAACAGAGGAAUCAAUCUCUGAGUUUAUUAGUCAAGUUGCAAGUCUUGUAAAGCUUGUUGACUCGAGAGAUAUUGUAGAGCUGCGGAUGAAACAACUGGACUGUGAAGUAGUAAUUCGUAAAAAGGAGGCCUUACCUCAACCACCACCUCCUCCUAUUCCUAUGGCUGCAGUCCACGCACUACCUCCAGCUUAUGCACCACCAGCUUCACCUGCACCUGCUCAGGCUUCUUCUCCAGCACCAGCAGCGGCCCCACCUCCACCUGCUGCCAAGUCAGCAAAGUCUUCGCUUCCACCUCUUAAAUGUCCAAUGGCAGGGACUUUCUACCGGAGUUCAGCACCUGGUGAACCUCCUUUUGUGAAGGUUGGAGACAAAGUACAGAAGGGACAGGUCUUGUGUAUUAUUGAAGCCAUGAAGUUGAUGAAUGAAAUAGAAGCUGAUCAAUCAGGAACUAUAGUCGAGAUCCUUGUGGAUGACAGCAAGCCUGUUAGUGUGGACACACCUUUAUUUGUGAUCCAACCCUAGAGCUUAAUGGCUGAGCGUGCAUAGUAGAUGGCUUUGAGCGGACAUGAAGAAAGGUUGCUUUACCUAGUAACAGUGUAACUUGCGGCAGUGUUUGAGUGUGGUAGAAUGUUUUGCUUGAAAUGAGGUGUAGUGCAGGGAGUCAGAUGAACUUAGUUUUGAAUCUUCGAUACCGGAGCCGAGAACAUUUUCUUUAUGAUGGUAGUCUUCCUCUUUUUAUUUUUUCCUUUUUCCUUGUAUCUGUCUGAAACUGUGCUAUUAAAUUGAUAAUGGUACUCUAAUAAACCAAUUUCUUAAGGUCUAA